AUGAAGGCGCUGAGCCCGGUGCGCGGCUGCUACGAGGCGGUGUGCUGCCUGUCGGAACGGAGCCUGGCAAUCGCGCGGGGCCGCGGCAAGGGCCCGGCAGCGGAGGAGCCGCUGAGCCUGCUGGAUGACAUGAACCACUGCUACUCGCGCCUGCGGGAGCUGGUCCCCGGCGUCCCGCGGGGCACCCAGCUUAGCCAGGUGGAAAUCCUGCAGCGUGUCAUCGACUACAUCCUCGACCUGCAGGUGGUCCUGGCCGAGCCCGCCCCCGGACCCCCGGACGGCCCGCAUCUUCCCAUCCAGACAGCGGACCUCUCUCCAGAACUUGUGAUCUCCAACGACAAGAGGAGCUUGUGCCACUGA